UGUUAACACUUCAAUCGCUUGCAGUCCUAUUCAACGGCCUUCUCUACUUCAGUGAAUUUAUGAUCAAAACAGUCGAACCAAACGGGGAGGUAUUAUGCCCAGAGGGAGACGCAACUCUUUUGAAUUCGUUCUCAGUGUGCCUUCAACCACCGGAGAAGUGUUUCGUUUCGUGCCCAACGAAUGCCACCGAAUUCGGCGAAAUGGAUGUGAGCUACAUUUUUCAAAACACCUCCGCCGUUUGCCACACUCUUUGGAAUGGUACGUCUGGUUACCACCGCAGCACCUGUCAGUUCAAGUGCCCUUGCACAGCAGGUUCGAUAGAUCAACGAGUUGUGUGGUUUUAUGCCGUGUUUCAUGCGCUGGGGUCGUUGUGUUCGGAGACUGUGGUUAUCAUCUCGGACGCCGGCGUUUCUGAGAUACUCGCUGAAAAUGUGAGGGCCUUCGGAUGGCAGCGAGCGGGAGGGGCAAUAGGCAUGGGAGCCGCUGGUCCUAUCGUGGGAGCCUUAAUUGAUGCAGCCAACCGAUGGACGGGAGGACAAUCAGGUUACCUUCCAAGCUACUUGGUCUAUGCACUGCUCAUUAUCCUCGACAGUGUCCUUCUCUGUUGCAUGCCCACACUUCGGAUGCCCAAGCUGUCGGCCAACUUUUUUAAGGACAUCUAUGGUGUGUUCAUCAAUGUCGAAAUUGCCGUAUUCGGCUUUUGGACAUGCGCCCUCGGAGCCCUUUUUUCAAUCUACAUGUCAUACAACACGUGGUUUUUGGAGGACAUAGGAGCCUCUCAGCUAAUAAUCGGGUUAAUAUCCGCAGUCAGUUGCAUAUGCAUAGCAGUGCCCUUCUAUGCUGUGUCCAGUUGGAUUCUGAAAAAAACGCGCUAUUAUCCCUCGUAUAUAUUGGCAUUCUUGAUCUUCGGGGUGAGGUACAUUGGCUCUGCCUUUCUCUACAACCCGUGGUUCGCGCUUCUCGUCGAACCCGUCACCGGGGCUGCCCAUCCGCUUGUAACACCCGCCAUGACUGUGUUUGCUAAAGAGGUGGCGCCGGAAGGUACCACGGCGUCCGUCUUGUGCGUCCUCAACAUUUGCGAAGGAGCCAUCGGAAAGUCGCUUGGUACCCUCGUUGGUGGGACGACAUUCGCCGAAUUUGGAGGCCGGUGGAUGUUUCUCUACUCCGGUGUGUUCGCGGCGGGGUGCGCUCUCCUGUGCCUCGUAUCACACGUACUUGUGCAAAGGAGGACUUCAAGGCAUGGAGUCAUAACACAGCCAACGCUGGAGAGGAGGCGAGACGAGGCGAGGAGAAACUUGCCUCCUCUGGUUCUCGGUCUGAUUAGCGUAAAGGGUGGAGGGCUUCGCGGGAGGAGCGACCGACAGCCAGGCCUGGGUGCUUCGAUAAAUGGCCCGAACCAGGACUGGGCUUCAAGUCGCCGGCCAGAGAGGAACCCUCAGGACAAAGCCUGAGGCUCCAGAAGAAAGCGGAGGAAAGAGGCGGUGUCCUCCGAGCAUCCAGCGGCGGGCAGCAAUGACCGCAUUCCAGGAGUAAUUAUGGCAAUCAAAAGAUGAGAUCUACAGUACCGCGUUUUCUAAUUGGUGUAGUGAAUUUAACGUGAACAUGUUGAGUUGGACUCGAAAA